AUGUCGCAUAAUUUUACGGAGUGGAGCUUGUUUGGCCAAAUUCAUCAAUUACUGUCAUACACGGAUUUAUUUCUUCCCGAUAGUAAGCAACUUGAUAUAAUCAUAGCGGUAUUAACACCGAUGAUCAUUAUGGAUAUGAUUGUGUGCCUUCUUGGUAUACUAAUUAAUAUAUUUAUCAUCAAGAUUGCGCUUCGUGAUCAAUCUAAUUUAAAUGCAAUUCAAUGCUUGCUCGUCAAUCUAUCUUUAAGUUAUACAGUAUGUAUUAUUUUAGUUCUGCUGCAAAAAUUAACAGUGGAAAUUAUCAUCAAUGUUCAAGUGGAUAAUAUCGAUCCCAAUCUAGUUCUUUACUUAUGUAAAGCAGUUAUGAUUAUACAAUUAGCGAUAUAUAAUACGGCUAUGAUCACUUUAUCCGUCAUAUGCAUCGAGCAAUUACGCCAAAUAUCAUUAACCUUUGGUCGUAAGUUAACGCGCAGUUUUACGUUGUCCUAUGUUGUACCUUCAACUUGGUUUAUUGGGAUUGCCAUUGCGCUACCAUUGAUGAAAUAUGUUAAUCCAACUGUACCUGAGGAAUUAUUUCUAUGUGAAAUUCAAUACAACGUUGAUCUUAUAGGAAGUUUAAUCUAUAUCAUUUUCCUCGUGAUCAUGAUAUAUUUAUUACCUGGAACACUGGUCGUAGUUUGUUAUGGUAAAAUUGCUUAUAAAAUGAAGCAAAGUGAUUGGGGACGAUCAAGUGGUAAGCGAUUAGCCAGGCCACGAGUUCGCUUUUCAUCAUCGCAGCUCCCGCAACAACAACAACAUGGACCACAACAGGCACAGCCAUCGCAACAAUCACAGCAAAUGCAUCAAUUACCUUUGCCUCGACGGCUGCCCAAGCUGCCUAGUCGUCGACGAAAUGAAUCUCUACCACAGCUACAGCAGCCUCUAACGUCACAACCAUCACAACAGCUAAAUCAAUGUUUACAGCAGCCUUUGGAAUCACUCCAACAACCAUCAUUGCAAAAAUCGCAGCAGGAUCAGCAGUCUCAGCAACCAUCGCAAUCUCAAACCCAACAAGAGGAACUUCAGCUACAGCCUGUUAAACUACAACGAAAGCGUAUUUGUAUUCGAAAUAGGAAUUCUCCACUUUAUCAAUUAACGCCACGUCAGAAGCAACGACUUGAAAUUUUACGACGUCGGAAAACGAAGAUUAUUCGCAUGUUAUAUAUCUUAAUUGCAUUGUAUUUGCUUUUUACUACGAUAUGGAUCAUAGUAACUUUAUUAUCUAUUUUUAUCAUUCCUCGUCAUGAUGAUAGCUAUCAUCACCUUUCUUAUCUUGUGCCUAUUUUGUUAGAAUCUGGCGACUUAUUCUUUCUUUCUUCCUGUAUCAGUAUACCAUUCCUCAAUAUCAUUUAUAAUGAUAAAUUAAGGCAAGCAUUGCCGACAUGUUGGCGUUCGCAUCGUCACUGGUCUAUUAGUAAUAACGUUAUAACAGUUCGACCUGAUCAUUUAAAAUAA